AUGACGAGCCUUUUCAAUCAACACCAUUGCCACCAUUGGCAUACAGUCUCUGUGGAUUUCAAGGGACCAUUCAAAGAUGGAACUUACGCCCUGGUCGGAUACGAUCUUUACAGCCGUUAUCCUGUUGUAAGCUACUGCAGAUCUACAGCGUUCUCGUGUGUGAAACCGAUCCUUGAUUCGUGGAUUUCAACUUUUGGUACAGUGAAGGAGCUGAAAUCAGAUCGAAGACCUUCAUUUAACGGACAUGAAUUCAGUGCAUAUGCUCGCGAGAGAGGAUUCAUUCACAAACCUGUGAAACCCAGACAUCCGAGAGGAAACGGUGAAGCUGAGAAAUUUUUGCAGAACGUGAAGAAGAUGGAGAGAAUUGCGAAACAAGAAAGGAAAAAAUAUCGCUGUCUCAUUGAAGGAAUGUUAAAUGCUUACGGUGCCACACCGCAUCCUGCUACAGGGAAAAGUCCAUUCGAGCUCAUGUUUGGGAGAAAAAUGCGACUUGGAGUAUUGCCAGAGAUCUCAGAAACACCCGAACGUGAUAACCACCCUGAAGUUAGACAAAAUGAUGCCUUGUAUAAGUUGAAGUCGAAAAGAUACCACGACAAGCGCAGAAAUGUGAGAAAGUCCAGAAUUUCUGUAGGAGACAAGAUUCUCAUGAAAAACAAGCGGACAGAUCCACUCAGCCCGAUUCCUGGUAAAGUGGUCAAUAUACGUGGAGACAAGUCACAUUUCAAGAUUGUACGAGAGAGAUCUUACGUCGAAGAGCGAGAAAGAGUACGAGGAGAAGAAACGUUUCAAGACAACAUACUCAACCAGAGCAGAAUCGAUCAGAGUAUGCGAGACGUCCUGACAGACCAGAUUAAUCGUGACGAAGCAGAUCAAUUGAUGAAUUCACACAAGAGCAGCACUAACGAUCGGAAACAGCCGAUUUACGUGACGCGCCGAGGUCGCGAGGUUUAUCUGCCGGAUCGAUUCCAAAGUUGA